GUUGCGGUCUCUCGGUGUAGCUAUAUUUUUACAAAUUUUUUCGUGAAAAAGAAGUCAUCGGUCGAUAAUCCACACAGAAUCUUGUUUAUAAAGUGUUCCUGCUCAUUCGGGCCAAGUUUCAUGAGUUUUGGUCAAGAAAUUUUGAUAUUAUAUUGCUGUUUUGUUUUUUGCCACGCAUCGUGAUCAUCUUUUUGUCAUCGUGCUCACCUAUCCCGUCGUCGAUUUUGGCAAGUUUCUUUCACUUCGAACUACCAGUUUUCGCUCUACACGACUCUCUGGACUCGUAUCGUCUAAAUUAUUAUCUAACCUGCAGUGGAUCGUAUAUCGUUCUGCUGUUGUUGUCAAAUUGCCGAAGUAUAAACUACGCAAUUCGCCGCCAUCUUGUUUUCCCGUUUGCUCUAUACCGACUUAAAUCUACCGUGGACUAUCUAUAUUUGGUAUCUACGUGUUCCUGGUACUCUUCUCUACAUUUCUAUAAGAUUUUUGGAGUCGAACUACAUACAUUUUUUCAUUUAUCUGCGAAAGUCAUCAAACCAAGAAUCAUAGCGAUGGUGCUUCCACUUCUCAACGGCGUCCUUCCUUCUCCAACGACCCCUAAGAAAAUUUCGUCAAACCCAAACGAUUUCAUUGGCAAAUCAUACUAUCCAUUACCUUUUCAAGCUUCAUCAUUGAUUGAAAAUCUUGGUAUUGGCUCUUCCCCGUCCUGGGACAUCAACAUAAACAAUAAAUCUAUCAAACUUAAAAUUGAAUGGUAUGUUGAGAAGAACAAUAUCAAUUCCCAUGAAUUUCCUAAACCACUUCUAAACACACUUUCAUCCUACAACCUUGUACAACCCACCUGGUCUUCCUCCUUUGCUGACGAGAAAUUGUCUUUUAAGUUUGAAUGGAGACAACUCUCUGAUGACACCAACUCACCUGAACAAGUUAAAACUCCACCUACUAAAGCAUCUUUCCACACCCCUGACUCUGGUUAUGCAUCAACAUCCAAAUCAUAUGUAUAUCCAUCACCUAACCUUGUUACACCAACCAAACUAUUCCAUAAUCACCCUCUUUCUUCUUUAAAUCCCCUUACACCUCCUUACACUCCUUACAAACAUGUUAACUUUCCACAUAAAGGAUCAAACACACCAUCUACACAGACAAAAUCAAACAAUAAAUGUGUACCUAGAUCCAAACACCACACUUUAAGUUCUACCUACAUAAAGAACAAUAAUUCAACAUCUCAUACCCACAAACCACCUAAAACACCUUCCAAACCUUCCACUAUCUCACCCACAAGUGCCCAAACAACAAAACCACAAUCAACUGUCACAUGUAGUGUUAUAUUUAAUGAUUGCCAACAAUCAAACACAAACUCUAAUACAUCAACAUCAAUAUCGAAACCUACUACAACUUCUAAAAAGAAGUCAACCAUUAAUUCCACAACCAAUACCCUUCCCCCUAACAAAACUUCCAUCACAACAACUACUUCCUCCAACAAUUCUCCUAAGCCUUCUUCAUCUACCUCCUCUUUCAACACCACAACCCCCACUCCACAUAAAUCAAUAGCCCAACCAUCUUCCAUCCACAACCAACCUUCUCCGGGUAUCGAGGGGGAUGAAAAUUUUUCAGCUAAUGGUAUGCCGUGGCAUUUGUUGGAUCUUCACCAGGAUGAGGACCACAUCGGUAUAAUUCCCUCCUCCCCGCUGAUUGGCAUCUCAGAAAAAUCAACCGAGGACAACAUCAUAACAACCAUCAAUGACUCACCACCUGAAUUUGACCUUGGGGAAGAGAAAUAUCUUGAGACUCCAUCACCAUUGAUUACCACCACCAAUGGUCUUCUGGAUAACAACCUCCAAGUUGAAAGAAUGGACAUCAAAGGAACUUGCCGUCUCUGUAAACAAGAAGUGAAGUCACAUGAAAUUGAUUACCAUCUGCUAUUUUGCCCACAUACGGAAGAAAAGUUGGAUGCUAUAUGCUCAAAAUAUUCUAAACUAUCAAAAAACAAUGCAACCAUGAAUGGCAUUUACUGUAUAAUACAUGACUAUAUUGAAUGCUGCAUUGUUGAUGAAGAAAUAUCUAAUUGUUUUUCCUUAUCUACAUUUAAAAAUUUUGUGAAAGACAUUGACCACUACCUCAAUGAACAUGCUAUAACUAUAUUUAAAUAAAACCAUAUUAGGGGUAAACAUAUGAGAUUCAAUAUUCUUAACUAUAAAUAAUUUCUAUGUAAAUAUACCCCCCUCCCCCACCUUUCUCU